CUUCACAACUACAUUGGACAGUCAGCUGCUUGGAGUUGCCUUAUUCUGAAGUGGUAGAGCUCUUGUGAUGGAAAUGGAUGGUUUCAACGAGAAUGCCUGGUGGACAUUGCCUGAAAACUUUGAUGCCCCACUUGUAACAUUCAUAGAUGAAGCCCAGGAUCAGCAAAUAUUUGGCCAUGAAGACUUACACCUCAGAAGCAUCGAGCUACACAGCAACACACUCAUUCAACUGGAGAGGUGGUUUACAGCUUCAGGCCAGACUCGAGUCACUGUGGUUGGACCACCCAGAGCAAAGCGGUGGUUGAUGGAUAUGAUUUGGAGUGUGGGGAGCCAGGAAGCUUACCACCAGGCCCGAGGUGAAGAGAUGUUGGAGAGAGUUCAGAACCAGCCCCUGACCAAUGCCGACUUCGAUGCCUCUCUCAGGGUGCAGUCACAUUCCUGGGGCCUUUCUCCACCUGACCGGAUGAAAGGGACCACCUAAGACUGAUCUGUUCCGGGAAACCAGGGGAGUUCUCACCAGCAUUUGAGAAAAACAUGAA